UGUCUAGAAAUGAUUGCAGAGAUUGAAACAAGACUUUUUAUCGCUGGUGUAGAUAAAAAAGGGAAAAAUCCAGUCUAUUGUCUCAACAGCUUGGAUCGUAACUACUUCAGAAGUGCAGGAGAAAUUAUGGCUGUCAGUCUAGCACAAGGAGGACCACCGCCGGUUUUUUUGCGAGAGGUGUUUCCAAUAUCUUCACUCUGGAGAUUAUGACGGUAUACAGGUGACUACCAGUGAUGUCACAGAUUUGGAAUUCUCCCUGCUCAUUGAGAAGGUUAACUCAACAGAUGACAUGAGUGAGCUUACAGAUGAGAUUUUAAGCUGUGGAUACACUGGAAAAUUGUCUGCUGACAUGAAAAGCAACAUCAUCAGAGCCAUUGUUUUACACUCCACUAUGAGAGUUGUUCCAAUGCUUGAUCAGCUGCGAAAAGGCCUGCAGCUCUAUGAUCUCCAGAAAGUCAUGGAAAUGCAUCCAGACCUGUGUCUACCACUGUUUGUCCCAGGGGAAAAAGAUGACAAGGUGGAUGCAGGCUUCAUUCUGGAGAAUUGCCACCCUGUCUUUAGUGACAAAGGUUCUGUGAAAUACACCAAAGAAGUAAAUGUAAUGAACUUUUUCCAGGAUUUCCUACAGGAAGUUGAGGAUCGUGAAGGUGAAGCUGAACAAAUGACUGCUGGUAAAGUUAUGCAGUGGAUGACAGGCCAGAGACAUAAGCCUAUUCUUCCCAGUGACCAGAAGGAUUUUAACAUCACUGUGAAGUUCAAUCACGACUGUGACACAAAUCAUACUGUGUGUUUUCCUACUGUAAGCGCAUGUACUCGCACGAUUACGUUUCCUACAGCUCACCUGAAAACACUGAAUGAAUUUAAAAACAUAAUGGAAAUAGCUAUGAAAUAUGGGGAGUCAUUUGAUAAUGUUUAA